AUGUCUCUUUCUUCUUGGGUCGGGACUUUCGAAUCACAUCUAUGGGGUCACCAUCUGCCGCUUCUUCGCGGGACUCUUUGGGAGCGCGGUGAUCUCUGCAACGGAGGCACGCUGGCCGACUUGUACUUGCCGUACCAACGAGCCUUUCCAAUCGGCGUAUUCAGCUUUCUGGGGUUUGUAGGGCCAUCACUGGGGUUCAUCGUAGCAGGCUUUGCUAUUGAAUAUACUGGUGAUUGGCGAUAUACUGCCUGGGUGCCAUUGAUGUUCGCCGUUCCGGCCGUUCUACUAAUAGCAUUCGCCAAAGAGACCCAUCGGGCUACCAUACUCCGUCGACUAUCGAAUUCGGAAGACAGAUGGGAGCGAGUCAAAGCCGACUUGACUCGGCUAGGGAAACUCCCAUACUUGACCAUACUCCGACGACCUGUUCACAUGCUCCUGACCGAGCCUGUUGUGGCUGCAAUUGGAAUAUACACCGCCAUUAGCUUCGCCAUCAUCUACGCCCUACUCGCGGCAGUACCGUUCAUCUUCGAGCAAGUAUAUGGAUUCGGUCUGGCGGCCUCGGGGCUGACAUGGAUCGCUUGGAUUAUCGGGUAUUUUCUCGGCGCCUGCGUGAGCACAUAUAUGCAGUAUCGCUUGGCUAGAAAUAUUCGAGCGACGCAGCAGAAAACCUAUGUCCCUGAGUGGAGUCUGGUGCCUGCCAUGAUUGGCUCUCCUAUGGUACCCAUUUCGCUGUUCUGGAUGGCUUGGACGGCGCAGCGCAGCAUCCACUGGAUCGUCCCUGUCAUUGCAUCGGGAUUCUACGCUAUGGGAACGCUGCUUUGUUUCAAUGCCGGACUCACAUAUGUCGUGGUUUUCUAUGGCCCACGAUAUGGUGCGUCUGCAUCUGCUGGUGCUCGUAUGCUGAGCUUCUGUCUCGGCAUUGCUUUCCCCUUGUUUUCAAUUCCUCGUGAGUUGACCCCCGUUGGUGCUGCUCUCAUGACGGGAGCUCUUUUACUGACUUUCAAGCAAGUAUUUGAAGGUAUAGGGAUUUCUUGGGCGGUUUCCCUGUUCGGAUUCGUGGCUUUGGCGCUGACGCCGACUCCGUACCUACUGUAUCAUUUCGGCGCCCGUCUACGAGCGCGGUCAAGCGGAUAG